CCAUGUUUGAUCUUAUCUUGGCCACCCGAAUUUGUUUCUCUACGGUGGUGGCAACUGGCUUCACGUCUCUCGCACUUUGACCUGACAAUGUGUGCUUCCCCGACUUGCAAAUUAUCGCUACCUAAAACCAAGCCAAUGCCUUUCUGGGGGGUGGCACAAUGUUUGCCGUGCAGACAAUGUGCAGACAAAGUAGUCGUCUUUGUCCAUCGCACACCUGGUGGCAUUUCUGCCUACAACAAUAGAUUCUAGGACGGCGCGUGCAAUGCAAAAGCCUAUAAAAAUAGCCAUCUUUUAUUCUUAUUCCACCAUUAUUCGAUAUCUCAUGUUGUCUAAACUCUUCAACGUUCUCACUUCCAUUUUCCAACAUUCCUGUGUGCGACCAAAAACGGAGGGGCAGUUUGACAAGUCGGCAGCUUUCGCUGACCAAGAUGCCACGCACCGUCGCGUCGCGUCGGCUGUUGGCACCCUGCCUAGUAGCCUGGACUCUGCGUGCUCCAUCUCAGUCACACCAUCCUUCCCCGCAAACUUGCAGGCCAGUCACCCCCUUCCACGGACACUCCAAAUCGGGCCCAUCACCUAUGUCUUCACUGGCAUUGUCGGAGAUGGCGCUACCGCCCAGGUUAUUCUAGCACGCGAGUCGACGCCUGUGCAUGGUCGCGCCGCCCGCGUUCUCGCAAUCAAAGCCCUCGACAAGUCCAACUAUAUCCUUGAUGACAUCCCUCUCAUCGAGGAAGGCCGGUCGCGACGCACGGUCGACAACCAUUCAGCCAUCAGAGAAGAAAUCGCCAUCCUCAGGGACACACGCCGAAUCCAGUGUCCUUUCUUCGCCGAAAUAGUAGAUUAUCGCCAGGAUAUGCACUGGUGUUAUAUCUUCAUGGAACAUUACCCCCAGUCACUUGUGUCCCGUCUUCGUGAUCUUUCUGAAGCCAACCAGCCCAUCGAUCCCGACCUUGUCAAGCUCUACUGUGCGCAACUCAUAAUCGCUGUGAGCAUGCUCCACGACAACAUGAUCUUCCACCGCGACAUCAAGCCGGAAAACAUCAUGAUCGACGCGCGCGGCCACCUCAAGCUCAUCGACUUCGGCUUUGCUUCUCGUGGACACUGCAUCGUUGACUCUGACGGCCGUGGUUCUGUCGGCUACAUGGCUCCCGAAGUUGUCCCAAAGUACAAGGGCGCAUCCUACCAGGCAGAUCUUGCCGAUGUAUACAGUUUAGGUGUCGUCUUCGCGGAACUGCUUACUUGUCCCAACAACAAAGAUAUCUUCACUCGCGAUUUCGGGAGCUUCCAUAUCCCUCCCCGUCUUUGGGAGCGUUUCGAUGUCCAUGCCGCAGACAUGGUGAAAUCGAUGAUCAAAGACGUCGCUAGCGAACGAAAUACUACUCGUGGUAUUCUUAGUCAUGCGUACUUUGACGGUGUGGAUCGCUCCGAUGUCUUGAACCUCCGCCUCGAACUGUCGUACAAGCCAACGCCCUGUGGACGUACGGAGCCCAUUCCAUUAUAAGAAUGGUCAAUGUCACCGGCAUGCUCGAUUCUUUCCCCUUCUUGUAUCAAUAUAAAGAUGGGUCAAUGGCAAGGCCCCGGAGGCCACGAGCGUUUGGAGAUAUGUCGGCGGGCUCUCCUAUCUCCUUUUUGAAUUUUGUUGCACGAUUUUGGAUUGUCAAUAAUGGUGUAUCUGCUACAUCGAAUAUAAAAAUGGAUCUCCUCCAACAUCCCGUAAAUUAUAUAGGGGAUGUUUCAAGUUCCAAGUCAUGGAAAAUAAAAG